CUGGUGUCGGAACGGCGUUAGCACGGAUAGCUAACCACGCCGAGCCCACAUCACAGCAUCAUGCAGGGCUACGACAGGAUCCCGGAGGGUGCUUCACCAGGGGAGCCGGAUGUGCAGGCGGCGCGCGAGGAGGGCAAUGUACGAACCCCCCUACGCAGCAGCAGCGGCUCUGCGGUAGAGGAACAAGGCGGUGAGACUCGUCACAGGAGGCUCGCCGUUGUGGUACCUAUCGGAGUUCUCAGCGUGCUCGGCGUUCUUUUGAUAACGUCGGGGGGUGGGAGUCGACAGCUGCGGCAGGAGCCGGAAGCUGGUUCGCCCGCCAGCCUUGAAAGCCAGCACUCGGUUGCUGGGGUGUCUGUGUUCGAGAGCUCCUUGCACGAUGGGACGAGGCUUGACCAGGGCUUCCCUGCCCCCGCGAGCUUGAAACAGGUCAGGCGUCGAUUCAUGAGUUUUGUACCGUAG